UGAAACCUAGUAAUUUCCAUCGAAGUUUACAUAUUGGAGGUUCGUUAGUGACAGCAACCGACAAAAUGCGAGAGAUAUUCGAGUCCAACAAAGAGAGACUACACAAAGAGGGACUACACAAAGAAAGUGUAGAAAAUCAACACAAUAUCUUUGAGACUCUUCUAGAUGCAGACAACCAGCAAGCAAUGAAAGAUGUGAAUACACCAGCUUACGAUAGUAAACUCGUAUCCGAUAUGUUGCUAUUUUGUGCAACCAGAUCAGUGUUCAUGACCAAGAGCACCAAAGGUGCGGACAAAUUAGUAGGUGCACAAGAAGUCUUAAACUAUGAAAUUCACCAGGGCUAUUGUAAAUGGUGAGGUACGCUGGAUUAGAGUGUAUUUAAUGGUCAAGAGAGACGAUCUAAAUUGUCCUGCAAUCCAGGCCUUGAUAGACGAUCCUAAUGAGAGUUUGCCAAGGACUGAUAGUCUGUGGGUGUAGAAAUAUGGCCUCCGG